UUGUCAAAUAUUUUAUUCAAAAUACUUUUUCUUUUAAAUUCUGCUCAGUGUCUUUCUAUUUGUUUAAAUUUAUGUUGUUUUCUUCUGUAAAUAGUUUUGACGUUAUUAUGCAAGAGCUAUAUCGGAAUAACAAUAAGUAUGCCUGCCUAAUCAUCUCAUCGACUGCUAUUGUCCACAUUAUCUUAUCAUCGCGCCAAAAACAACAUCAUCAUCUGUGUUUGGGUGACUUUCAGUCUGCUCAAUUUUAAAUAGGCAAUACGCUCAGUGCUAAUACUGCUCUCGGCAUGUACAGUUUUGGGCGCAGCACCUGGCUGCUCGCCGGGCUUUUAUCUAUAGCCCUGCUAGCCGGCGUCGAGUGUAGGAAUUAUCGGCUUGACCGCAGUGUGCUGCCUAUGUUCUAUAAUAUAAGUAUAAUUCUGGCGACCGAUGGAAAUAAGCCGAACACAACGUUUAGCGGCGAUGUUUCCAUAACGCUGCGGGCGAUGCAGCCCAACGUGCAAGCGAUCACACUGCACAAGGAAGAGAUUCAAUUGGCCCAAGUCGGACUCUACGAUCAGGCUGGCUCUCUGCUGUAUAGUAUUCCAAACAGUUCCUUGACCUAUGAUAAGACCACACAAAAGCUGACUGUACACUUGGCGGAGACUUUGACCGUCGAUACGAACUUCACGCUGCACUUCAAGUACACGGGCAAGGUGAACAGCGAUAUGAAGGGUCUGUUCUCCGCCAGCUAUGUGGAUGAGCCGACGGGUAAGACCAAAUGGAUGCUCUUAACACAGUUGCAGCGCAUCUAUGCGCGUCUGCUCUUUCCCUGCUUCGAUGAGCCCGCCUUCAAGGCCAAAUUUCAGUUACACAUCGGACGACCCAACGGCGUGAAGGCCAUCAGCAAUACCAAGCUAAUCAGAACAACAGAACUGGGCAAUAAUUGGUUUAUGGAUCAUUUCCAAGUUACACCUAAUAUGUCCACUUAUCUAUUUGCGUUUAUGGUGUCCGACUAUCAGGCACGUGGAGAUAUCAACGACUUGGCUGUGAUAACUCGACCACAGGACUACAGCAACUCCGAGCUUAGCUAUAAUGCGUCUAAACGUGUGCGCGAUGCAUACGGCGAGCUAUUCCGACAGGACUACAAGGAUCUGGGCAAUGAAGUUCUUUUGCAUGCGAACUCACCUCGCUUCCCACACAAUGGCAUGGAGAACUGGGGUCUCAUUAUCUACAGCCAUAAUAUACUAGUACAUCAGCCAGAGUAUACGGACGGCUGGAGCCAUAAGGAGAAUAGCAUACGCAUCAUCGCGCACGAGACAUCGCACAUGUGGUUCGGUAACAGCGUUACUUUUGCCUGGUGGAAUAACUUCUGGCUAAACGAGGCCUUCGCUCGCUACUACGAGUACUUCAUGGCGCAUCAGCUGUAUCCAGAGUACAAAUUGGAUAAGCAAUUUGUAGUGCGCCAGUUGCAGUUGAUCUUUGGUACAGAUGCCACCAAUAACACGCAGCCAAUGUCAAGCCAUGAACUGGACAUCGAAACCCCUUCGCAGAUCGCCUCCAAGUUCAGCAGCAUUGCCUAUGCCAAAGGCGCGAGCAUAGUGCGCAUGUGGCGCAAUGCGAUGGGAGAGCAGAACUUUGAUGAAGCCAUUCGUAACUACCUCAGGGAGCACCAUUUGGGCAACACCGAGCCAAAGCAUUUGUUUGCACACCUCAAGGAGAAUUGGCCAGCCUUUCAUAACGUUGACUUGGAUCAAUUCUUUUACGACUUCACGGAGCAGGUGGGCUUCCCAACGAUCGUCGUGAAUCGCCAAGCGUCUAACGCUUUCAUUCUGAAACAAUUCCGAUUCGUAGUGAAUCACAAUGACGUCAAGAACGUGGACCUACGCUACACGGUCCCCAUCACCUACGCCACAAAUUUGUCGCCCGACUUUAAAAAUUUAACGCCCGCUACGUAUUUGAAUAAGUGGGAUGAUAUUACGCAACUUUCAUUUGCGGAGCCCAUCGACUGGAUUGUGCUCAAUCUGAAGCAGUCGAACUUUUAUCGCGUUCAAUAUGCGCCAUCGCUGCUGAAACGGAUUCAGGAGGCCUUGUCCAAGCAGAAGCACAGCAAAAUAGCCGUAGAGAAUCGCGCAGCUCUCAUUGAUGAUCUGUUCAACUUUGCUUUGAUUGGAUUGAAUGACUAUGUGGAAGUCUUCCAGUUUAUGGAGUAUAUGAGGACAGAAACCCACUAUGUUGCCUGGUAUGCAGCCUAUGUGGGACUGGAUAAGGUGGCGAAGCGCUUGACCCCACAUCAGCUGCCCAAUUUCGCGAUAUAUCUAAGCGACAUCACCGAGGCGGCAUUGGACAAGCUGGACGUGGGCUGGAGCGUUAACGACACCAUCUUGGACGUGUACAACCGCAACAAGCUGGUGUCAUGGCUCUGCAAAUACCAGAGUGCCAAUUGUGAGGCCCGAGUGCAAACAAAGUUCGAUGAGAUCAGUGAAAAGCCAUCCCGAGACUAUCGGGAGACAUUUUACUGUGCCGCUUCCAAAGCAGGUCGAUACGCAGUGAUAAUGAAAUACUUCCAGGCCGAAGCGAACCCAGCGGAACGGGAGCUUCUUUGGCGCGCCGCCAGCUGUACGAGGGAAUAUCAAUGGCACUACUACAAUGAGAUCUUAAGCAGGUCCAUUAGCGUGUCUCUAAAGACAGUUGGCCUGGCACAGCUCUAUGAACAGAAUCCCGACCUAAUCACUAACAUUUUCUUUACGGUAACCGCGGACAUCACUCAAUUGGCUCGAGCCUUGCAAAGCUGGUCGACGACUGCGACGGCUUUGAGCGACAUGGCGGAGUACUUUACCACAAGUGAGCAGCGGGAACUCUUUGCGGAGUUCAUCAAUGAAAACCAUAUGCUGUUUGGCAGCUCCAAGGCAACACUUGUCAAAGCUUUGUCCACCGUGGACAACAAUAUUGAAUGGGCCGACCAGAACUUGAAUAGACUUAACGACUACCUGGUCUUGAGGAACAGAGCUGCUGAUCUGAAACUGGGAUCGGCGCUGCUAAUGAUAGCGACAUCGAUUUUAAAUUUUUGUUGGUUUUUUAUAAAAAUUUAAUCUAUUUCAGUUGACUGGAUAAAAUGAGAUUUUUUAUAUUAAAGAGAGCAUAGUGUUAUGUGAAAUGUUUGU